AUGACUUUCCUGCGCCCAAAACAAACCCUCCUGCUAUACCUCUCGCCGAUCCUUCUUGCGGGCAGCGCCUCUGCUCAUGGCGGGCAUACCGAUAAGAUUCCAGAAGGGGAGGCUAUCUCCCCCGAUCCGCUCGACUCUAGGCUCUGGACCCAUAUCCUGCUCAUGAUUUUGUCCUUUGGCAUGAUAUUCCCGUACGGCAUGGUCUUGGGCAUUGUUAAGAGCAGAUGGCACGUUCCCGUCCAAAUUGUGGGCACAGUCGUUGCCACCGUGGCGUACUUUCUCGGUCAUAUGCACCGCGGUCGACAGUUCAAACAUCCGAAUAUCCACGCGAGUUUUGCGAAUAGCUUGGUGUUGAUGUUGGUCGUGCAGGUCGGGCUAGGCGUUGGGUUGAAGUUACAUCUCGAGGAAAAGAGCGGAUGGCUGGGGAGAGUGUUUGGAGGCAAGAUUGGGAAAUCGGGGAGACGCGGAGUGGUCCUGGUUCACAGCUGGGUGGGCAAAAUGAUGCCCAUCGUAUCUUGGGCGCAGAUGCUCUUUGGCGGAAUCGUCGCCAUGGGAUACUGUCGCGGGGACCAUCUCGGGCAGUGCCUGGCUCAUUUCAUCAUGGGGUCUGCCUUCAUCGCGUACGGCGUGAUCAUGACACUUCUGCUGCUCGUAGGCCAGGCAUGGCUGAGACGGACCGGCCGAAGUCAAGAAUUCUUUGACAGUAUCGUCAUCGCGGCGUGGGGCUGCGUAAACACCUUUACUGAGCAUCGCUGGGGUCACCCUUGGGUCAAGAACGAUCUCCAACAUACAAGCAUGGGCAUUGUGUGGUGGUGCGCUGGACUGCUGGGAAUCUGGCUAUCGCGGUCAAGGAACGGUCGACCUAAGCGAAACCUCCUGCCAGGAAUUGUCAUCUUCAUGACGGGCUGGGCUAUGAGUGCGCAUCCUCAAGACCUACCCUUGAGUACCAUGGUUCACACGGUCUUUGGAUACACGCUCAUGGCGGCUGGCGCGACCAGAAUCAUUGAGAUCUCGUUUCUGCUUAGAGACAGCAGAGGUGGCGGCGAAGUCAACAGCUGGCAACACCUUCCACCCUUCCUUCUCUACGCCUCCGGCUUCAUGUUCAUGGGUGCGACCGAGGAACAGAUGGAGCUGUUAUCCGGUGCUCAAGUCACGCACGUCAGCUAUAUCCUGAUUCUCUACUCAGUCGCAUUCCUGCUGUAUCUCUUCGUCAACAUACUGUCAUAUGUCUACGCCUCGCACGUCUGGCCCGAGGACGAAAGCAAUGGAACUCGGCCCUCCUCCCACCGCAGCACUUCAUCCAGGAGCUUGGGCGCCUCGGCUCCUGGGCAUUCUAGGAAACUGUCAGUCAUUCCCACUCACCACGCAAACGGCAACGUACCUGGUCCAAUAAAUGGAUCCAUACGGCUCCCCCGGCACCGUGCGACGGAUAGCCAGCAAGUGCGGGACGCAGAAGAGUUUGAACUCGAAGGCUUGAUCAGUGAAGAGGAGGCCGAGGGGAUCAAGCUAACGACUCCAAUCAGCCAGCUGCCAAAAACGAAACUGCUGCAGUCUAGCUCUAACGAACAGUGUCCCAGGGGGUGA